AUGGCUGACCGCAACUCCAAAGAACUCGAGAUUAAGACUCGCACUAGAGUCGCAGAUGUGCAGCAAGCUACCGGUUUCAACGACCUGGGUUGGCGCACCUUCAACAGACUCACACGGAUGCAAGCUGAGGCGAUCGCAGCGCAGGAAGGGUCACCUAGCUGGACAAUUGUAGCAUAUCACGAGAAGAUAAGGCUGCUGCUAGAGCUAAACGAGAAGCUAGAGCAAGAGGGUCUGCCACAGGUUAACGAGAAGGUGUACAGCCGAAGGAUGGCACAAGCACUCGCACCUAUGAUACGCCAGAGCAAACAGGGCAAGAGAAAGCGACUAGGAUUGCCCGAGGGACAGGCAAGCACAGACGUUACCGAAGCAGAAAGCCUCCCUGGUGCAGGGUGCACCCGUCUUCCACCUAUCCGCGAUCACCCUGAUCUGGCACAGCACCUGCAUACGAAUAACGACCAGGAUUUGUCUGAAGACGCGUAA